AUGGAAAAGAGUGAUUACGUCAACAAGGCGAACCAAGUCUUCAACGACAGGGAAGCCUAUGCACCACUCGCGGAGGACCCUACUAAAAAGCAAGCCGCAGCUGUGAAAAAGAAGAUGAAUGAGCUCACUCGACUGAAACUCAUAACCCCCGAUGACUCCAGAUGUAUGACUCUCAACGACCCCCGAAUAACCCAUGCAUAUGCCCUCCCAAAGGUGCACAAAGAAGGUGCGCCAUUGAGGAUCAUAGUGCCGCUUAUUGGAUCGCCCAACUACAACCUCGCUAAAUGGUUAUACAGGCACUUGAAGCACCUCACCAACGGAUCACAAUAUACCACCAAAAACGCUCAGGCAUUCCUCCAGAAGAUCCAAGGCCUGAAAGUAAGUCCUGAUGAGUGUAUUCUAUCGUUUGAUGUGGUUGCCCUGUUUUCCUCAAUACCACAUGACCGAGCGAUUGAGAGCGUAACCCGACGCCUGCAAGAUAAUCCAACCAAAAUUCCAAUAGAACACAUUUCAGAACUUCUUAGACUCCGUCUCAAGAACGACUGCCAAUUCGACGGAAAGUUUUAUCAACAGAUUAGGGGUACACCAAUGGGCUCGCCAAUAGCAGGUCUACUAGCUGAACUAGUACUACAACAACUAGAAGAAGAAGUUAUGCGGACCUUUAAACCAAAAAUGUGGUUCCGAUACGUAGAUGAUACGUUUGUUAUCAUGAAGACCUGCGAAACUGAGCAACUACAUCUGAGUCUGAAUAGCGUCUUCCCAGCUAUCCAGUUUACUUGCGAAGAGGCAACAGGAGGCAUUCUCCCGUUUCUAGACGUUAGUAUCAAAACACUUAGGGAUGACGACCUUGCAACAAGCGUCUACCGAAAAGACUCCAGUGCCGACAUCAUUAUCAAUUAUGAAAGCAACCAUCCCGCGGCUCAUAAAAGGCGCUGUGUCCGAACCCUUUUCCACCGGGCCUAUCGUUACUGCAGCAGCGGUGCUCUACUUAAGAAAGAACUCGCUUUCCUGUAUCGGUUAUUCCGGCUCAACGGAUACCCGGUCAGCUUUGUAAAAAAUUGUCUCAGGCAUCAGAGACAACCACAAGGCACUGGUUCUAAUGAGGGACCAGAACUUCGAAAAUUCUACUCUCUGCCCUACAUGCAGGGUAUUUCAGAAACGAUCGCCCGGCAACUAAACCGGUUUGGCAUCUUCAUUGCCCACAAGCUGGCGUCCUCUGUGCGCGCAACACUAUCGUGA